AAGGGAACAGACUUUCAUUACAUCAAAAGAAAAAAAAUUUACCGAGUGUUCGGAAGGUUUUCCAGCUUUCUCGGUUCAGCAUUGCGUACUGGAAUGUAUGUCUACAUGUAAAUAUCCUGGUCCUCGAAUCUGGAGAAAGGAAAAUAAGACAUGCAUUUGCUGUGGAUGUGCGUUUCCUGGUAUUACGAUGAACCUGACAAAUAGUUCUGGAAGCAGUAUUAUAGGUUAUACACCUUUACCAGAGCCAUGCAUUGAGAAUUACAAGUUGUUUUUCAAUGGCUCCGAGGUGGCUUGUUUGCGGUAUGAAAUCACCACUGUCAAUUAUAGCUCAGCUCUAUCGGAUUGUCGAUCAGAAGGGGGUGACCUCAUCAAAAUUAACUCUCAGAGCAAAAAUGAAUUCAUCUUGAAAUAUAUUGAGUUUUACGGCGAUCUCACUUUGGACGUUUGGCUUCAAGGAAAGCUGUUUAAUACAAGUUGCAUCUGGGUUUUUGAAGACGAUACUGAGAUAACUUUCAACUUCUGGAACAAUAGGGAACCAAAAUGUGACCUUGAUCAGCCGCGCAAGAGAGCCAGAGCAGACAGAGGGUUCCAAUGGUUUGAUAAAGUAUCUUCAGCUGCAUAUCCCUAUUUGUGUGAAAUGAAUCCGUUUCUAUAGUACAAAUGGAGGAUUGCCCAGAUAGUUUGUGUGUUAAAAAAUACUUCACUUUCAACUACAAUUAAUUUUACACAGAUGAUUUUCGUAUCUGACUUUGUAAUUUAUGAAAGAGGCAAUGCAAUAUACAUGUUUGGUGUUUCAUUAAGCAACAAUUACGUUGGCCAUGGACAUGACGACACAAAUAACAAUG